UCAACUCAUAAACAUCAAAAUGGCUGAUGAGAGUAAUCUUGCACAUGAAAUCACCGAGCUACGGCUAGGUCUUCCAGGAGAUAUCAUCGUCACAGGGAAGAAGAGGGUUUCUUCGGAAGUAGAGAGUGAGUUGAAAUGUGAACCGGCGACAAAGAGUCAAGUAGUGGGAUGGCCGCCGGUUUGUUCGUUCAGGAGAAAGAACAGCCUCGAAGAGACAAGGACUGCGUACGUGAAAGUGAGUGUCGACGGAGCUGCGUUUCUGAGGAAGAUCGAUUUGAAAAUGUAUAAACGUUACCAAGAUCUCGCUUCCGCUCUACAAAUUCUAUUCGGAUGCUUCAUCACCUUUGAUUAGUUUGAUGAUACAUUGAAGGAAAGUGAAUGCGUUCCAAUAUAUGAGGAUAAAGAUGGAGAUUGGAUGCUUGCUGGUGAUGUUCCUUGGGAAAUGUUUGUUGCAUCAUGCAAGAGGUUAAGGGUUAUGAAGAGAUCAGUAAUGAAAUGAUUGUGAGUGAGAAUUAGGGAUAUCGAAAUAUACAUAUUUUCAUAGAUUAAAAGAAUAAAACUCGUUGAAUAAUUCAUUUUCAUCACAUAGACAAAUUGUA